AAGAUGAUCCUCACGCAGUGCGCCGUCUGCGCCGCCGAGCUUGGCUUAUCCUUGGGCAAGAAAUGCGGCCGCUGCAGCACGCGCUACUGCGGGCCCGAAUGCCAGGUGCAGCACUGGAAAGAGGGUGGGCACGAUAAGCUCUGCAAACCAAUAAAAAAUGCAGGCGGCGCUGAACAAUACCACGCAAAUAACAAGUACGCGGAGGCCGUCGCGGUCGCGGCGACGGCGUGCGCGGAGGACACCAAGGGCCAGACGUGCUACAUCUGCACUCAGGCGCUCCACUGGAAAACGAAGGAGGGCCUCGUGCGCGGGUGCUCCUGUCGUGGGACAGCAGGUUUUGCGCAUGUGUCGUGCCUGGCGGAGCAGGCGAAGAUUUUGGUCGCUGAUGCCGAGGAGAGGAAUUUGGACGACAAUAAGUGGCAUCGGUGGCACACGUGCAGCCUGUGCGAGCAAAAUUACCACGGCGUCGUGGCUUGUGCGGUCGGGUGGGCGUGCUGGAAGACGAGCUUGGGGCGGCCGGAGGCGGACUGGACUCGGCGCUUGGCGAUUGGCGUGCUUGGGAACGGUUUAAACAAGGCAAAACGCCACGAGGCCGCGUUGUCCGUGAGAGAGGCCGAGUUGGCUAUGAUGUGGCGCCUUGGCGACUCAGAAGAACACAUACUCAUCACGCAGACCAAUCUUGCGAUCAAUUACGACCUGCUCGGACGGCGUGAAGAGGCCCUGUCCUUGCGACGAAAGGUAUACACCGGUUGCCUGAAGCGUAGUGGCGAAGGACAUGAACGAACCCUCCGAGCAGCCAGCAACUACGCGUCGUCCUUUACUGGACUGAAGCGCUUCGAAGAAGCCAGGACACUGUUGCGCAAAACGAUGCCCGUGGCGCGACGCGUUCUCGGAGAGAAUAAUUUUAUCACGCUUCAUUUGAGGUGCAAUUACGCGCAGUCGCUCUGCUGCGACGCAGCUGCCACGCUCGACGAUCACCGCGAGGCCGUGGCGACGCUCGAGGAGAUUGAACCUACCGCGCGGCGCGUCCUCGGUAGCGCCAAUCCGUUGGCCGCGCAGAUUGAGCGCGAAUUACAACAAUCGCAAGAGGUGCUCCGCGCCCGCGAAGCAUCAGUCGACGUGACCGCUGUCUGCGCGGCACUCGACGCGAUGGCAGUUAGGAAGACAUAACUUAUAGACAACUCCACGA